AUGCCGGGCGUCGCGAAGACCGCGACCGAGAUCGCGCGCGUCGCCGCGCGCGUCUUCGGCGCGCACCUCGGCGACGGUCGACCGAGCGGGAGAAAAAUCCUGCGCGCGCCGCUGAUCGGCGAACGGCUCGCGGCGUACUACCCGAAGACCAUGGCGGCGCUCGAUCCGCUGUUCACGGCGCCGGACGAGACGCGACGCAAGGUGAAACUCGAGCGAUUGAAGCGACGAGGGAAAGGGCCGCCGAAGAAGGGCGAGGGGAAGCGCGCGGGGAGUAAGUGA